AAGGUUCCCGCGUAAAUGUAUCUGCGUGACGUCAGAGAUUGUUUGUGUGGCGGCCGCCUGUCAUGGCCAACUGUGAAGUGAAGGAAUAAUAUUGAGAAAUCUUCCUUAGUUGUGUGAGAAGAUUUACUAAGAUUUCAAAAUGUUACGCCGAGGAGGGAAGCGCAUCCGUAUGGAUGAACCUCCACCUGAGUAUGAUGCUCCACCCAUGACACCUAUGACCCCGGCAGCCUCAGAUUUACAGGAGCCGUAUACUCCAUAUACUCCAUACACACCAGCAGCGGAAACUCCUCUUCACCACCCUGACUAUCAGAUGGGCUACAACCAACCAUCAUAUGACCAGCCACCACAUCAUCAACAGCCUCCUCAAGCACCACAGCAGCAGCAACAGCAACAACAACAACAGCAGCAACAACAGCAGCAGCAUCCAGUCUAUGCACACCAAGAUUUUGAACAACAGCAGCAGCAGCAACAGCAACAACAGCAAGUCUACCAACAACAGCCGCAACAGCAGCAACAGCCUGCCUAUCAAUCCCACUAUAGCCAGCCACCACAACAAACUUCUCAGUAUCAACAGGAACAAACUCCUCAGCCCCCCGUUGAACCUGAGCCGGAGCCAGAACCCGAAAUGGAACCCGAGGAGCAAGAAGAGGAGAUGGAUCAUGAAGUGGAUUCUGAUGCAGAUGUCCAUGAUGAUGAUGAUCAGCCUCCCCAGAACUAUGAACCAAUACCACGUUUAACAAUAUCUAUUCGUGGGAGAGGCAGAGGAAGAGGACGAGGCAGAAUUGCUACCAUUAAAAAGAUAGGAGACCAAAUUGUAGGAGAACCACCACGCAAACGGGGCCGUCCAGGACGUAAACCCAUCACUGAAGUAAUGGCUGAGGAUGAAAACUCUCUUUACUACAUUGUCAGAAAUGGACGAGCUGUAUUAGCACAAGUUGUGGAUGACUGGAUAGAUGCUUACAAGGACAAUCGGGAUGGAUCAUUGCUACAGCUGAUGCAGUUCUUUAUCAAUGCUGCUGGAUGCAAGGGCAAGAUUACACCACAUAUGCAAGCUACCAUGGAACAUGCUGAGAUCAUCAGGCGCAUGACAGAGGAAUUUGAGGAGGAAAGUGGUGAGUAUCCAUUAAUCCAGAGCGGUCAACAGUGGAAGAAGUUUCGAAGUAACUUCAGUGAGUUUGUGCAGCUUUUGGUGAAACAGUGCCAGUACUCCAUAAUCUAUGACCAGUACCUCAUGGACAACGUCAUCUCCCUGUUGACGGGCCUGUCUGAUUCCCAGGUCCGAGCCUUCAGGCACACAGCAACCUUGGCAGCCAUGAAACUGAUGACGGCAUUGGUAGAUGUUGCCCUGACUGUUUCAGUCAACUUGGACAAUACUCAGCGCCAGUAUGAAUCAGAGAGACAGAAAUCUCGUGAGAAGCGUGCAUCUGAUCGUCUGGAAUCUCUCAUGUCAAAGAGACAGGAGUUGGAAGAGAACAUGGAUGAGAUAAAGAACAUGUUGACAUAUAUGUUCAAAUCUGUUUUUGUCCAUAGAUACAGGGACACCUUGCCUGAGAUCCGUUCCAUUUGCAUGGCUGAGAUUGGGCUCUGGAUGAAAAAAUUUCACCAGAAUUUUUUGGAUGAUUCCUACCUGAAGUACAUUGGUUGGACACUCCAUGAUAAAGUUGGUGAUGUACGUUUGAAGUGCCUACAAGCCCUCCAACCUCUCUAUGCUAGUGAAGAGCUCCAAGGGAAAUUGGAACUUUUCACUAGUAAGUUUAAGGAUCGCAUUGUAGCCAUGACUCUUGAUAAGGAAUAUGAUGUGGGUGUUCAAGCAGUGAAAUUAGUCAUCUCAAUUCUGAAACACCAUCGAGAUAUAUUAACGGACAAAGACUGUGAGCAUGUUUAUGAGCUGGUGUACUCAUCUCAUCGUGCUGUGGCCCAGGCAGCGGGUGAUUUCCUCAAUGAACGUCUUUUCAUUCCCGAUGAUGAUGCUGUGGCUGCCUUGAGAACCAAGCGUGGCAAAAAACGUCGACCUAAUACCCCUUUAAUCCGUGAUCUGGUGCAGUUUUUCAUUGAGUCAGAGUUACAUGAACAUGGAGCAUACUUGGUUGAUUCUCUGAUUGAGAGCAAUGAAAUGAUGAAAGAUUGGGAAUGCAUGACGGAUUUACUACUAGAAGAACCAGGUCCCAUGGAAGAGCCUCUUGAUGAUCGGCAGGAAACAAGUCUUAUUGAAAUAAUGGUAUGCUGUAUCAAGCAAGCUGCUACUGGUGAGCCGCCAGUUGGUCGUGGACCAACAAGAAAGCAGAUUUUGUCAGCUAAAGAAGUGAAGCAAGUGAAUGAUGAUCGUUCCAAAUUAACAGAACAUCUGAUACCCACACUUCCUCAGUUGUUGCACAAGUACCUAGCAGACCCAGAGAAGGUGGCCAAUCUGCUCAUCAUCCCUCAGUACUUUGAUCUUGAGGUAUAUACCACUAGCAGACAGGAAAAGGUAAGGAUAUUGAUGAACAAACAAAUUAUUUAUAUAUCGCUCCUUGAUAUGGUGGUUAACAAAUACCAAGAAGCCAAUGACGAAUACCUAACUCUUCUUGAUGGUGAGGAGGAGCCCGAUGAAGAUGAAACAUUUGCACUCGUGUCAUCAGUGAAGAAAGUUUCCAUCUUCUAUUCCUGCCAUAAUAUGGGUCCUUGCAAUAUAUGGGACUCUCUCUAUAAAAAUAUCAGUUCUGCUGUGGAUAGUAGCAAAAUAUUACCAGAAGAGGCCACCAAGUACUGUAUCUCAUCUUGCUUCUUUGGUGUGAUGUGGGAGUUACAUCAGAUCGAGGAUAUGGCCGAGAAGAGAGCUAUUACACAUGAUGCCGUUGAAGCUCUACGCUCUCGGCUCCAUCUUUUCCUUGAGGCAUGCAAGCAUCUUCUUGCAAACUCAAAUAAUCCAGUCUUCAGAGAGGAGGCCUAUGUGACUAUUUGUGACUUAAUGAUCAUCUUCAGUAGGCAGCUGAUAUCAAAUAAUGCCCUCACGUCUCUUGUCUAUGAGCCUGACCGAGGCCUCCAGCAUCUGCUCAACCACUUCAUCCAAACCUAUGUCUUUAUUGAUGAUGAAGAUGAGGAGCAGGAUGAGCAUGUCAAGAUUGAGGAAUUGCACAAGCGCAGAAAUUUCCUUGCCACAUUUUGCAAGUUGAUUGUGUAUAAUGUCCUUCCCACAAAAGUUGCUGCUGAUGUCUUUAAACAUUAUGUCAGAUACUACGAUGAUUAUGGUGAUAUUAUCAAGUCAACGUUGGGAAAAGCUCGUGAGAUAAACAAGGUCAACUCUGCAAGGACUAUGGCUCUGGCCCUCACUAUGAUCUUUAGGGAACUUCAAAAGGAUAAUGUGAGAAUUAACAGACAGAGUGUAGAUUUCAUUAGUCUGAAGGAACUGGCAAAACGAUUUGCUUUAUCAUUUGGUCUUGAUGCUGUAAAGAAUCGUGAGGCCAUCACUGCUCUUCAUCGUGAAGGUAUAUUGUUUGCAGUUAACCCACUUGAGACUCCAGCAGACCCUACUGGCCCUCCACCUAAUCUGGCCUUCUUAGAAAUCCUGACAGAGUUCACAAAUAAACUUCUCAAGCAAGACAAAAGAGUCGUUCUUGCAUAUUUGGAUCGUCGCAUUGCUGCUGGGAUGCCUAGUUCCCGUGGUGAGGACUGGCAACCUCUACUUAUGUAUCGCAAUUCUUUGGUACAUGGAGAGGGUGAUCAGCCACCACAAACAUCUAAGCGCGCAUACACACGAAAACGAAAGCACGUGGACGAUGAUGAUGAUGAAGAUGAGGAGGAUGAUACUCCAUUCCAGAGAGGACACUUUCGGGGGCGAGGCCGUGGACAAUCACAAAGAAGGUCUCGGGGGCAAGGUCGUGGACGACCACGAAGAUGGUCUCGGAGCCGCCCUCGAAGACUAACUUUGGAGGAAUCAAGAACAUCACUGGGACGACGUCAGGAACCAUAUUGGUCAAAACCUUGGAGUUCUGGGGCAAACAAGCCCAGCCUCAACGUACAGACACGGAUAACCAAAUAUAUUCCUACAAUUAAGAAGAAGGUUAAGAAGAUGGCUUCACUCGUUACUGAUUUUAACCAAGAGUCUUCUACAAGUUCUUCCCAGCGUGUUGAGGAAUAUGAUAGUCAGUUAAGCCUGGAGAUCCCAAUUCAGGGACCAUUAUACCGGUCUACCCCACAGGAACAUACUGGAACACCUAUGCCUAAGACAUCAUCAAUGAAGAGGAUGAAAAACUUGAAGAUAGGAUGUUCAACAAAGAAAAUGAGUACAUCACACCCUGACUGUAGCAUAACCCAGGGUGUUUCAAGAAGAAUACGUUGGAACACAAUGAUAAGUGAGGAUGAUUCUGAUCAUCUUAGAGAGGUAAGAUUGUUUUAUUGUACUUUUCCUAUCCUUCAGCAAAUGAAGAAUGUUAUUUUUUUGUUUGCAUUGGUAUCAAAGAUGAGCUUUUCAUAAAGUACUAUACUGCCACUGCCAGUCAG